UGUAUUCUCUUUAUAUUAUUAUCUCCAUUAAUCUCUGAACUCUUUUCUUCUUUUUUUCUCUCUUCACAAACACAUCAAUCAAUCACUCAUUUUCCUCUUCCUCCUUCAUUUCUCUCAUCAAAAUCCAAUUUAUUUUUUCCAUUUCAUCAAUCGAAAAAAUUUCAAUUUUAACAGAGAGAGAAAAAAAAAACUAUGUCGGCGAUUUCCCGGCGAAUUUCCGCCGGCGCCGGAAUAUCGUCGCCGGAAAUUCGGCGAAUUAAUCGUGAAUUCCGACAAUCUGUAACAGUCAAUUAUCCUAGAAAUUCGUCGACAUUGAUCAGCGAUAAAAAUCAACGGUUAGGAUUGGUUUAUUCGGUGAAGCGAUGGAUUGAGGUGAGAUCGGACGGUGUGGAUGAAUGGAAAGGGAAAAAGAGGAGGAAUAGAACGACGUCGUUGAAGUGUAGAGUUAGCGAAGUUGAUGAAAAAGAAACAAAAGAUCGGAAGGUGGAGGUGAUGGUAGCAGCAGGAGCAACUGUAGUGUUUGGUGUAGGGAAUCGUGUGUUGUAUAAAUUGGCUUUGGUUCCUUUGAAACAUUACCCUUUUUUCCUCGCUCAACUCGCCACUUUCGGAUAUGUAGUUGUAUAUUUCUCUAUCUUGUAUAUGCGGCAUCGUGCUGGCAUUGUCACCAAGGAGAUGCUAUCAUUGCCUCAAGUUCCUUUUCUUGCAGUUGGGCUUGUCGAAGCGUUAGCAGCGGCAUCUGGAAUGGCAGCGGCAACAAUGCUUUCGGGUGCAUCAAUUCCUAUUUUAUCUCAGACUUUUCUUGUUUGGCAACUUCUUCUUUCUAUGCUUUUCCUUGGACGGAGAUAUAAUUUCAAUCAGCUAGCGGGUUGCCUAUUGGUUUCUAUGGGUGUAAUAAUAACUGUAGCAAGUGGUUCUGGUGCUGGUCCCUCCUUGAAUGAUACUGGUAUAUUUUGGAGUUUUUUGAUGAUUUUUUCAUUCUUUUUACAAGCGGCUGAUACAAUUUUAAAGGAAGUAAUUUUCUUGAAUGCUGCUGAGCGAUUAAAGGGACGUUCAGUGGAUCUAUUUGUUGUAAAUUCAUUUGGAUCUGCUUAUCAAGCAAUCUUUAUAUGCCUUCUUUUACCCUUUCUAUCAAAGUUGUGGGGCAUACCGUUUACUCAAAUGCCAUCAUACUUCAAAGAUGGAGCAGCAUGCUUUCUCAAUAUGAAUACUCUCUCAACUGGAUGCAACGGUGCUCCACUACUGCCGGUGCUAUUUAUUGUUGUGAACAUGGGUUUCAAUAUAUCUUUGUUGCAUCUUCUUAAAAUCUCCUCUGCGGUGGUAUCUUGCCUUGCCUCUACAGUUUCAGUGCCCUUGUCUGUAUUUGUAUUCACCUUACCCCUGCCAUACCUUGGUGCCGGUACUGCUCUUCCUCCAGGCUUUGUGGCAGGUGCUGUCGUCCUUGUAUUGGGCUUGUUCUUCUACUCAUGGAAGCCGGCAAUGGUUCCUGCUAGCGCAACCACUUCAUGAUUUAGGUGUAGCAGAGUAGCGAUAAGAGAAUUAUAGCAGAAAGUUGGUGCUAUUUGCUUGUAAGUUUGUAACAAUUAUUGGUUGUUUAUGGUGAUGGAGUGUUACUGUGUUAGAUAUAAUUUGGAAAAAGCAUGCUUUGGAGGGGUAAAAAGUCACUAGCAAUUGACAGUUUACAAGGGAUGUUAGUCAUUUCCUUUGCACUGGACAAUUUUGAUGAUAUUGUUUCAAGUGCAAGUUUUCUUGAUGCUAUACUGUCAAAGAAUCUUGGCGAGCGAAUUGACAUCUCAUCUCUUUCGACAUGUAAACACUCCCAAUAUACGUUGAUCAUCAUUGAUUGAAUUAUCAAAGACUGACGAGUACGGGCAAAUUAUAUCCUCUACUGGUGUACAGAGCAGUGUGCAACUCCUAGCGCAGUUCUGCGUGUGAUGGCAUGUGUGCAACGCACUUGGUCACGAUCCUAAGCGUGUGCACAACAAGUGCAGUGCUAAGUAUAAGGUCUUCUGUGUACUUGGAUGCGUCUUUAUCAUAGUCGAUGAGUUGAGUAUGUGAUUCCCUGAACUGAAUGAUUGUCACUCUGUAAUGUAAUAAUAUAUAUGAACUUCCAGUAAUUAAUAACUGGAUGUAAGCAGUAGAAGUUUAAUAAUAUGUUCAUCUGCUCGUAACUAUGGUGAACAACUUUUUGAAAUGCAUCAGCAAACCUGAUAUUACGACGAACUUGUAGUAAUAACCAGGUGUAUAAUGCAUAGGCUCUGCGUUCAUUACAA